AUGGAAAUGGUUCCAAUCGCUACCGGAAACGAUGAGCGUUCCGCCGUCUCCUCGAUUAAAGUUCUGACCCUGAACUGCUGGGGCCUCAAAUACCUUUCCAAGUACCGCUCGGAACGUCUUGCCGAAAUAGGUCACCGACUAGCCACCUACUCGCCUGAGCUUGACAUCGUCGGCUUGCAAGAAUGCUGGACAUUCGCCGAUUACCUGGCUAUCCGAGAACGCACACGGUCGGUCCUCCCAUAUGGCAAGUUCUAUCACUCCGGCAUCUUCGGUGGCGGGUUGGUCGUUCUCAGCCGGUGGCCAAUCACCGACUCCUCCAUGUACAGAUAUCCUCUGAAUGGUCGACCAACCGCAUUCUUCCGAGGGGACUGGUUUGUCGGCAAGGGCGUGGCAUGUGCCACCAUCUCGUUGCCGGAUGGCCUGCGGAUUGAAGUGUUCAACACGCACUUGCACGCGCCCUACGAGAAGGAACCGAACGAUAGCUACAUCUGUCAUCGCACGGCUCAGGCAUGGGAGAUUGCGAAGUUGAUGCGCGCAGCGUCGGAUCGAGGGAGCUUGGUCAUCGGUCUGGGGGACUUCAACAUGGUCCCAUUGAGCUUUGCACAUGUGCUGAUCGAAAGUCGAGCUGGUGUGCGAGAUGUGUGGCGGGUCACGAAACCCGGCAGUAGUGUUGGGGCCAGCAUCGAUCCACCGGAAAGGGAACGAAGAAAGCGCAUGGGUGAAGAUGCGACUCCCAAUGUGGACAGCAGUCUGCUGGAACAUGGCCACACCUGCGAUUCCGUCAUGAACACCUGGCGCUGGACCAAGGACCAGCGGAAACAGCUCGAGAAAGGCCACGACCGUCGGAUCACGGGGAAUGAUCUCGAUCCCAAGGCGAAGCGACUGGACUAUAUCUUCUUCAGUGGUGUCGACCGAGGCUGGAAGGUUGCGGACGUCAAGGUCGUGCUCACUGAAAGACAUCCGACGCUGUUGUGCUCGCUGAGCGAUCACUUUGCGGUAUACGCUACUGUCGAGAGGACCACAACGAAGACCAAAACACCUGCGAGCGUCGAAGUUCAUGGGGCACUCCACGACUCGGAGACGGAGGAUCCUGGUUUAGAGGUUGCCGACUUUGAUGACAAGGGUCUCCAGAAGGCCACUUCCGCCUUGCCUACCCAGUAUCGUCUGGGGGAGGACUUCUACAACGACAUCCUCCGCAUGAUCCACACGUACACGCUGCGAGAAAGGAAACAACGACGAUAUCGCAUGCUGCAUUUUGUCGGGUCCGCUCUCGUCUCGAUCGGCUGUUUUGUUGCCAUAUGGUGGUCACCGCGCAAUUUCGUCGCGUUCAUCUUGAUUUUGCUGAGCAGCUUGGGUCUUAUGGCGGGUACGGUGGACGGACUGAUCGGAGGCCUUUUCGUAGGGUCUGAAUUGAGAGCGCUGGCAGAGUUCGAAUGGGAAAUCCGAAACGCUUUGAGUCAAGCGGGCGGACCAGCCGUCGAAGACCGGGACUUCAGAGACUGGUAUGAUUGA